AUGUUCCAACACCAGGCCACGGUGCCGAAUUUCCUUAACACCAAGGCACAGAAAGACUGUCGUUUUGCUCUUCCAGGAUUCAACCGGCCGCUAGACUUCGCUCCGUUCGAGAAAAACAUAUACGGCGUUGAAAGCCGGAGUGUGUUUCCAUCUGCGGCGGAUGAUAGAGAUAUCGAAGCAGGAUACGUGAACAUGCCCGUCUUGACCCUCCGUGAGAUCGAUAUGGUAGAGUUCAUGGAGCAUCUGACUGAUAUUCCUGAGUGGUGGAAAAAGGUCUUUGACCCCGAGACGCAAGAGAAGUGGAAAAAGUCCGCCAUGAACAGUGGCAAAGACAUUACGCUCAAAAUGGCCGAGUGGAUGAUUGAUGAGCUUCAAUUUAAAGCCAUGGUCUACGAGACCACGGAUGUAGUUGCCCUGUACAACGGCGAUGUCACCAAGUCCGACACAAACCUGUCUGAGUCGAUCUUGCGCGAUAUGAUAUCCCAGUUCGAGGUGCUAGAGGUCGAUAAGAAAGAGCUGCAGUACUACUAUCCAGGAGUGCUGGGCAAAGAGCGAGACCUCAUUUCCAUGGCAUUGUAUCCGCUCGUUUACGGCACGACCCGCAUUCUCACCGACAGGAUCAUUGGGGUCGAUGAUGCCCUCAAGUGUGUCGGCCAGGGCGAAGUGAUCCCAAUUCCAAAGGAGACUGGAAUAACCAGAGAAGACAUUGCAUGGCGUGUCUUGGCUCGGGCAGAUAUCAAGGUUCGGCCCUACAGCCGAAAUUACCAGGUCCUUCCUUCCGACUGGGAACUUCGCGAUGAUGGCCAAUGGCACAUAGCCACAUACAUCAACAACUUGCACCCAGUCAAAUAUCGAAACAUCUACAAACUCAUCGAGAAGGUUUUCAAUUGCAUCGUUCCACAGUGGAACGCCACUUUGACUCCCCUCAAAGACAUGCUCCAUUCCCGUGCCCGAAUCGAAUACCACAAGGCGGAAUAUUAUCCAGUCCCAAAGGAAGUUACUGCACAGGCACCUCAGGUGCAUCCAAGAGAGGCGCAGAGUGAGUUUGAUGAGCGCAUGGAGAAAUGGAGACUAGAGAACUACCGUGCUAUCCAACCAGACGCAGGCAAGUUCAUUCCCUGGGCAGUCCCACCCUGGUUGAUGGACAAACUUCCCAAGGACCUGCCCAGUGCCGUUCGGAUUGAACGAGGCGUUGACCUCGGCCGGGACUACAAGGAACGUGGAGUGCAGGUAAUCACGCGUGUGUUGGGCAUUGAUCUAACCCCGGAGGAGCCGUGUUUCGAGACGGAAUGGCAUGUUGAGGGCACGAUGAAUGAGCACAUCUGCGCCGCGGCAUUCAUGCCAUACAGCCACGACAACGUACUAGACCCGUACAUGGAAUUCCGCACCAUGGUAGAAUCUGACACGCUCGCAGAAAUCGAGCACGAGCCAAAUGACUUCAUCUGGCUGAAGCAAGUCUUUGGUCUGGAAAAUGGCGAACCGGCCAUCCAAUACCCAGGUGCCAUCCGCGCCAAAGUAGGCCGAACAGUCAUGUACCCGAGCACCAUACAACACAAGUUCACGCGCUUCGAGCUAAAGGACAAGACUAAGCCUGGGACAGCGCGCGCCGUGGCAUUUUUCCUUAUCGAUCCUAAUAUCCGUAUCAUCUCCACGGCCAAUAUCCCGCCGCAGCGACUGGAUUGGACUAAGGAGGUGCCAGAGAGUGGGGCUGGGCUCAAGGAAGCUAUGCAAAAGGUGGCGCUUGAUAAUAUGAAGUCCAAGGGUAAUAUGCCGAUGAGUCUGGAGGAGGCUUUGGGUACAAGGGUCAAGCUUUUGCAGGAGAUGGAAGAGUUUACUCGCUAUCAGCAUGUGGCUUUUGAGUCGAAUAUUUUGAUGCUCUAA